UUUUUGCACCCCACCCGCCCCCUCGGAGGAAUCACCUACAGAGGAAGCGAUCUCUCCUCAACUCAACACAACCUCUCUCUCUCUCUCUCUCUCUCUCUCUCUCUCUCUCUCCCUACCCUUCCCAUGGCGUCUCUUCAUCUCCUCUUCGCCAUUUCACUCCUCUCUCUCCUCUCCCUCUCUCCCUCCCAUGCAUCGGCCACUAAGAGGGUCUCCUUGUCCCUCUACUACGAGACUCUGUGCCCUUACUGCUCCAAUUUCAUUGUGAACCACCUCUCUCGCAUCUUCAGCAACGGGCUCGUCUCCAUCGUCGACCUCGAUCUCGUCCCUUACGGCAACGCGAGGGUUUCCUCCGACGGCUCCUUCAUUUGCCAGCAUGGUGCGAACGAGUGCCUUCUGAAUGUUAUCGAAGCAUGCGCAAUCAAAGAGUGGCCUGAUGUGCAAGAGCACUUCCGCUUCAUUCACUGUGUUGAAAAUUUAAUUCUGGGACAGAAAGAAAACGAGUGGCAAUCUUGCUUCCAGGUAGCUGGCCUGAGUUCGGAAGCGGUUGUAGAUUGCUAUAAUAGUGGAUAUGGGUGGCAGCUUGAACUACAGUAUGCAGCAGAGACAGAUGCUCUUCGCCCCCCUCAUCAGUAUGUUCCUUGGGUGGUUGUUGAUGGGAAGCCUCUCUAUGAGGAUUAUAUGAAUUUUGAGGCUCAUAUCUGUGGAGCUUAUGAUGGUAAACUUCCCAAGGCUUGCAAAGGACAUAGGCAAUCAAUUUCCCAAGAGAUGAAAGCCAGUAGAGGAGAUCAGGUGUGCCUUCCUAGUGAGACAAUCAGCUCAUUUGCAGCUAGAAAGAGUAAAAAGAAGAGGAAUAAGUUUACUUAAAUUUUCAUCCUUGUUGUUCAACCUGAAUUUCCAUUUGGUUUGGUUCCAUUUGGUUUGGUAGGGCUGUGGGACUUAUGAUUCGAAAUCUAUAGCGAAUUCCUGAAAUUGGUAGCACUAACAAUCGAUAUCUUGGUCUCUUAUAAAAAGAGAUUUCUGGCCCAUGCAAACAUGAUUUGGUUGGUCAAGAAUGCCCAAUUUUCUACACUUUUUAAAUAUUGUUGUGUUUAGGAAAGAGAGAAAAAGUAAGGUGCCUUUUUGCUUAUACUCUCUAUGCUGUUCUGAAAAUUUUGGAGGAUUCAGUCUUUUCUUUCAAGGACCCUAGAAGGAACAUACACUAGGACUGAGAAUAAAUAGUUUUUUUUCUUCUUGUUGGAAGUACCAUAUCAAACAACGAUUGACUUACGAAAAUUGCAAUUUUUAUAAUCUAAGUUGUUAAAUGCAUUCCUCUUUUACUUGCAUUUUAUUAGUCCAUUUUUAUCGUCUCGUCUCUUCAUAUCCAUAAAAAUUCUGAUGAGGCUUUUUACUCAUUCCAUUCCCUUCUGUCCUCCUCUUAUUGUCAAA